AUGUCUCACGGACAGCCUCCCCCUGGAUCCAGCAUGUAUGGCUUUGGAGCCAUGGGGAUGGGAUCCGGUAUGGAAACUGGCAUGGGAACCGGCAUGGGAACCGGCAUGUCAGCCUCGCAGAUGACUUCCGACCCACAGGACAUGAUGUCGCUUCUGGAUACUUCAGUGUUUCCUGGGUUUGACGGAAUGUCGAUGAGUCUCGAUGUUGGCGAUUCCAUGUCAAACCCCUUCACCCCGGUCUCGGUCCCGCCACCCCUCCCUGCAGGUAAUGCAGGGCCCAGUCAUGUUGGGGUGUGCGGCGGUCACGGGGCACCCGACCAGCUAUUUUCCCCCGACGACCUUAUUGCGACCAGCAUGUCCAGCGCCGGACCGAUGAUCGCCACGCCUACCACCACCACCUCCGGACCUUCGGGCGGCCCUUCGUCGGGCGGCGGGAGCACCCUGACCGAAUUUACCAAGCGCCGCAAUUGGCCCGCCAAGGUUGUCGAAGAGCUCCAGGACUGGGAACACAUUCUGGAUGCCAACGGACGGAUCAAGCAUGUUUCGCCCAGCGUAGAGCCCUUGACCGGCUAUAAGCCGCCCGAAAUCAUUGACUUGUUCCUCAGAGACCUGAUCCACCCGGAUGACGUCGGGGUCUUCACCGCGGAGUUGAACGAAGCCAUUGCGACGGGAUCCCAAUUGCGACUGUUCUACCGGUUCCGGAAAAAGGAUGGAAACUGGACCAUUUUCGAGACUGUUGGUCAUGCGCACAUCGCCGCCGCCAAGUUUGCACCCAAUCCACAGAACCAGUCGCCUUUCUGCCAGGCCGUUUUCAUGAUGGCUCGACCCUACCCGACCAAGAACGCGGGUCUGUUGGAUUCCUUUCUGGAACACAAGAUUGAGAACGAGAGACUGAAGCGCAGGAUUGCCGAGCUGCGCAGAGAGGAGCAGGAGGAGCAGGAAGAGUCGCAGAGGACAUGGCGAAUGAGCCAGGAGGGACGAUCUGAUGUUACGCCGUCCGACGAUACCGCGACCCAGAUGGGAAUGACGCCCUUCUACAUUCCCAUGAAUGCCCAAGCUGACGUUAUGAUGCCACCACCCAGCCAGCCGGCGUCGUCGCUCAACAUUGCGCUGACGCGGGAGAACCUGGAAGGCAUUGCCGGAAGCCGGCCGGAUUCUAUACGCGAAAAGAUGUUGCGUUACGAGGGCAACCAUGCAGACACGAUUGAAAUGCUUACGGGGCUCAAGUACCAGGAGGGUGAAAGAAGUCAUGGUAUCACAACGGGUAAUGCCAGCCCGACGCUCAUUAAGGGUGAUGCGGGAAUCGCGAUUCCCCUAGACCGAGAUCCCCGGACGGGAGAGAAGAAGAAGAAGAUCAAGGUUGCAGAGGAAUACGUGUGCACCGACUGCGGUACGCUCGAUUCCCCCGAAUGGCGAAAAGGCCCUAGUGGACCCAAGACACUAUGUAAUGCCUGCGGUCUUCGCUGGGCAAAGAAAGAGAAAAAGAAGAACGCCAACAACAACAAUAACGGCGGAGGUAUAGGCGGUCACAACGACAUCCAUACACCCAUGGGCGAUCAUAUGGGAUAGAAGAUAAAGAUGCGCAAUGAACAACGGAUUCCAGCAGCUAUAUUUAGGCAACAGAAUUCGACCGCUCUCAACACAAUCUCGA